AUGGAGCACAGCCACACGGAGGCCGGAGCCUCGACGGAGGAGAAUGACGUCAUGGUCACUUCACCAGCACCAAUCGUCCCUUCUGCUCCAUAUUCACCACAGUCUCCGACACCAAGCUUCGCCUCCUCCUCAACUGCCGUUGCCACAAUUAAUGGUCUAGAGUGCAAUCCACCUCAGUCAAGAGCACAAAGUACGCCCGCUGAAAGCCUUUCGAAGGUGGCAACUUGGCGUUCAUCUUCCUUCUCAAGGCUCGUGACCAACGCGAAGACUCUUGGUGGCAGAGGCUUGUCCGGAGGUUGGUUCGGCGUAAGUUUUCGGCGAAACAAGUCUGCCGAGGACAGAGCCUGGGUCAUAACGAUCACUAAGGCAGGACGAUGGUUGAUAUAUUUGCACAUCCUCUUUUGCAUGGUGAGCAUAUUUGAUUUUGUGACCACCAUCUACUCUUGGAAGUCAAACGCAGAUAACGACGCGAUGAUGCAAAAGAUCAUGAAGACCGUGUCUCAGUCGGGCUCUCGCUUUGAAGGCCUUGACAAUGAAUUCACGAAAUGGAUGAAUGCCACCAAAUUACGCAGCGCCGAAGAGGAAGCUCGCUUGGUAGACGAACAGAAUCGCUGGAACGCCUUAUUGAAAGUCUUCGAGGGUUGUGGUGCUUCCCAGAGUCGCCCAAACAGCACGGAUAGAUGUGACGAUCUUCGACAAUUCUUCGACUCCAAUCCGCUUCCUCACCCGGACAAGUCUCCCAUCGCUAAAAGAAACAUCGCACAGCUUGAUCGUAUUAUCCGUCGUGUGCAUCUUGGCGAACGCCAUCAUAAAGAUCCCAAUCCUGGCAUCGGCUCGGCUAAAUUUCCUACUGGGUAUCUUGCUUUAUUGGUGUCGAUCGUUGUGUUCUCCCUCUUUUGCUAUGCCUUUCUGGGAGCUCUGUGCAAUCGCACGCGACGCUUUCGCUUCCGAGCGAAAUCACGACGCGAAGAUAAUGCUGAAGAUGAGAAAGCAGCGAGGGAUGAUAACGAAGAUGCUUCUGUGGCAAUCACAGCAUCGGGCGGAGAAUUCCUGACUACGCAGGGCAGUCUGAUCCGGAGAAAUCUCCGAAGGUUCGAUCAGCACGCAGCAGCAGCAAAGGGAUCCGUUCAGGAUCUGAGAGACAAUGAGGCUGACUUACGCGUCAACGAGAUUGACGAGGAUAACGAGUAUGGGCCUUUGCUUGCUGCUGCCGCUCGGUCUGGGAGUCUGGCAACAGUGCAGUAUGUCUUGUCUCGAAAGCCUGAUGUGCAACUACGCGGUGGGCGCUACCACAACGUUUUGCAGGCCGGUGCUCACUCCGGUAACAAAUCCAUAAUUGACCAUCUGCUUGCAGCCGGCGCCCGUGAUACCUCUACAGGGGGCUUUUAUGGCACUGCGGCUAACGCAGCCGCCGAAAAAGCAAGUGCGAGAAUGCUACAGAAGUUACUCGAUAAUUAUGCUAAUAAAGAAACUGUCUUGAAUCAUCCUGGUGGGACACAUGGACGUGCGCUCAUUGCUGCUGCAGCUCGUGGAGACGAAGAGAUAAUUGGACUCUUACUCGGCAACGGCGCUCGGGUCAACAAUGCCAAUGCAGCUGGAACGACUGCGUUGCACCAAGCGGCAGGGAAUGGCCAUGUGAAGUCCAUGGAAGUUUUGUUGGCUUGUGAUGCCGACGUCAAUUCGCUGUCUUCUGUCUAUGGAACACCCCUUCAUGCAGCUUGCCGAAAUAUGCACGCAGAAGCGGCGAAAAGUUUGCUAAACAGGAAAGUGGACGUUUCAAUCAAAGAUAAUCGCGAGCAUACACCGUUGCAUGAAGCUGCACCAGCGAAUGAAGGGCUCGACGACAUUUUCCUGGAUAUAUUGAGGCUUCGGCCAGAUUUGAUCGAUGAAGCAGAUGUUGAUGGAGUGACUGCACUGCAUCACGCCAGCAUCUCAGGCAACGCACGUAUCGCAAAAAUGUUGCUAGAUGCUGGUGCCGACUGCUCCAUCGGCGACAAAUAUCAAGCCCAGCCACUUUUUCGUGCAGCUGGCUGUGGACACGCAGAGAUCGUAGAACUGCUCUUGCACACCGGCAAUGCAGAUCCAAACGCAACAGACUGCUUCGGCCGCGCAGCCCUCCACGGCCCCGCGCGAACCAACGACGUCCGAGUUCACGACCUGCUAAUAAAAGCGAACGCAGACGUGAACAUAGUCGGAAGUGACAGGAAGACCCCUCUCCACGAAGCCUGCAACAUGGGCCGCAUCAAUAACGUUGAGCUGCUCCUUGCGCACCCAAGCAUCAAAGUUAACGAGCUCGACAACGACCACUCCGAUGGAAAUGGCGACAAUUUCGACAGCUGCAUCAACCGCGACAUCGUCACGCAAUUCCUCAGCCGCACUGACGUCGACGUGAACGUCUCCAACGCGAUCAUCGUACAGGAGGCAGCGAGAAAGGGGUUCCAAGCCGAAGUAGAAACCAUGCUAGAGAAAAGUAAAGCUAGCAUACAAAUGCGCGGGGGCAAAUACGGGGGCGUGCUGCAAGCCGCCGCCAUCAGCGGGAAUCUACAACUUAUCAGUCUCUUGUUAAAACCGGUGUACUAUGCCGAUGUCAAUGUCGAAGGUGGGGAAUUUGGGUGUCCGCUUGCUGCUGCUGCGGCGUAUGGGCAUGUUGAUAUUGUGAGGAAGCUUUUGGAGGCAGGGGCUGAUCCGGCGGUAGAGGCGGUGGGGAGGUAUGGGAGUCCGAUGCAGAGUGCGUGUCGGAAAAUUGAUGAGACGAGUAAGAGGAGGGAGGGGAGGAGGUGGGCGGCUGUUGAGGAUCAGAUUUGUGGGUUGUUGAGAGAGUACGGGGGUGGGGGUGUGGAGAAGAAGGGGAGGGUGGAGGAGAAGUAUAGGGAUUGGAGGUGGUUGUUGACGUCGACUGGGUGGGAUUGGGUCGUUCCUGGAGAGAUGUGA